AUCCUCAUUCCUUCUCGAGACACUCGCAAGAUAUAGAAUGGCUGCAAAAAUGCCAAUAUCCUUCAGACAAUCCUCGCCUACCUAUCAUACUUAUUCGUCAUCAUGUCAAUCGUCUCCAUCAUAGGCAUCUUCGCUUUUCGCAUAGCCCGAGUGUGGAUUCCUGAGUCCCGAGCAAUGGCCCGACACAGCUGUCUUUGGAAAGUAGUAUUUGUGAACAAGAAUGACUGGAAUGGAUGGAAGUCGGACAAGUACAACCCGGUUACUACCUUUACUCAGAGUGUAAGAAAUUAUGCGAGGCUCACGGGACGUGUAAUUCUUGCCAGAGUGCGUCUAAUUUCUCAGCAUCUUCACGUUUGUCUGUGCAUUGUUUGAGGGAGUACAUUGAGAGCGCGAUGUGGGAGGAUGAUUACGAAGCUGACGACAUCGAUUACACUUUUUGCUGGAACUCCCAGUCCUAGAUUGUGGAUGAAUCCUUUCGUGCAUGUGUGUUCACUCCUUGUGUUCGGGUCAACCCUGAAGAUACACGCGCGACGAUCCUUUAUGUACCGCGAUUUCUCUCGGUCAGAGGCAGUCUUGUCAAGACAUUGAAGUCAUCAGAACCAGAUCAAUGCAGUCAUAUUCUGUUUGUUGACAGCAGCCUAGAACCAAUUACAAACUAGUUACGGUAUUCUUCAGUAGUAGCUAGAGA